GAGCAAGUUGUCAUGUUCCUCAGUGAAAAAUCAGAGAUCUUGCACAAAUCACUGGCCCCUCCGGGUGGUGGGGGGGGCAGGCGGGUGCUCUGGGAGGCUGGAGGUGUUCCAUGGGGGCUCCUGGCGGUCGGUGUGUGGAGACUCCUGGGACAUGAUGGAUGCCCGUGUGGUGUGCAGACAGCUGGGCUGUGUGUUAGCACAGGGGGCUCAUGGUAAUGCUACUUUUGGGACGGGGAAUGGCGCCCUCUGGCUGACUGAGGUGAACUGCAGGGGCACUGAGCUGCACCUGUGGGACUGCCCACACUCUGUGCACAGCAGCUGCCGAUCGCAGAACCAGGCUGUGGUCACCUGCACAGGGGACCUGGUGAUGGAGGACGCCGCAGAGAGCUACGAUGAUGUCAUCACUGCUGUGGAUGCGCACCCAGACAGUGUGGCAGGGGAGCUGGCCGAGGGAGACGCACCAGAGUACUAUGAUGAUGUCAUCACCACCCAGCAGAGCCCGGAGGCUUUUUCAGCUGCCAGUGAGAUGGACUAUGAUGAUGUGGGGGAGGAGCCACCUGAAACAGCAUUCUGAGAUUUUGUGGGAGGAAGUGCCCGCCCAGCAGUUUGGAUCGCACAGCUUACAGCAUACACACAGCUAAUGGAAAAUGUUUUAAUAUAAGACCACAUCCUCCUAGAUCAGCCAUUCAUCAAUGAGUAAUUCACCUGAAAUGAUUGACAGCAGGUUCCUUAGCUUGCUCAUGAAUCAGGACAUUGAAAGUGUUGGUACUUUUACACAUUGGAUAUAGCAGCUGGCCAGAUGAUCAUGUGAUUACAUAUGGGACAAUGGAUUGCAUUUUUAGGUAUGUAAGAAUGAAAACAAUUAUCUUUAGCCUGUGUAGGCCUUUGCUUUAGAUGUGUGUGUAUCUCCAUCAAACCCUUUCAGUUGUGGGUACUGUGUGCAUCAUGUGUGGGUCAGAGCUGUCCGUGUUGGCUCUCUGAUCGACACAUGGAUGUGUUAUCAGCCAGACAGCAGUGAUCCAGCAUCCCAACUCUCCUUGCUCCUCUGCAAGAUCACAUUUUUAAACUCUCCUUGCUCCUCUGCAAGAUCACAUUUUAAAAGAUGAUUUUAUUGUACAUAGCUGGUGAGUUCCUUGCACUGGCUGCCUUGUUACUAUUCAAAACUAUUUCAUACUACUGUCAUUACUAUUAUUUCAUACGACGUUAGAACAGAACUUCAAUAAUAGAAAUAUAUAUUUUUACUACCUUUUUAUAAAAUAGUUUUAGACAUUUAGAUUCUAUAUUUCUUGAAGACUUAUACAGCUUUUGAUUGACAGCAUUCCAUGAAAAUUCAAUAGUUUCACUAAAACGCUCAAUGUAUUUCUGUGCCUUAAGCAAUACCAGUCUUUUAAC